AUGAUUGGAAAUCCACCUUCAAAUAGCAUUGUUACUGAUGAGUCUAUUACAGUGAUGGAUCUGAACCCUGGGACCAAUUACACAGCCAACAUAUUCACACUGGCGACCGAUAGAACACAGUCAGUUCCGGUUACAGUUUCUUUUACAACAGUUCCAAAAGCCGUGACUAAUGUAAUCCGUGUCAAUCGCAACACCACUUCAAUUACUCUGGGAUGGAAACGCCAGGCAGACUAUAAGGCUGAGUACAGAUAUAAGGUGGAGACAAUCGGAGAUCCAUCUUCAAACAGCACUCUUACUGAUGAGUCUGUUACAGUGCUGGAUCUCAGCCCUGGGACAAACUACACGUUCAGUGUGUUCACACUGGCGGCAGAUGGUACAUCAUCAGGUCCAGUCACAGUAUCUUUUACAACAGUACCAAAUGCCGUGACUAAUGUAACCCUUGUGAGUCGCAACACCACUUCAAUUACCCUGAGAUGGAACCGCCAGUCAGAUUAUAAGGCUGAGUACAGAUAUAAGGUGGAGACAAUUGGAGAUCCAUCUUCAAAUAGCACUGUCAAUGAUGAGUCUAUUACAGUGGUGGAUCUGAAUCCUGGGACAAAAUACACGUUCAGAGUGUUGACACUGGCGGGAGAUGGUACAGCAUCAGAUCUGGAUACAGUUUCUUUUACGACAGUACCAAAUGCUGUGACUAAUGUAACUCUUGUGAGUCGCAACACCACUUCAAUCACUCUGAGAUGGAACCGCCAAGCAGACUAUAAGGCUGAGUACAGAUAUAAGGUGGAAUCAUUUGGAGAUCCAUCUUCAAAUAACAGUGUUACUGAUGAGUCUAUUACAGUGGUGGAUCUGAGCCCUGGGACCAGUUACACAUUCAGCGUGCUCACACUGGCAGCAGAUGGUACAGCAUCAGAUCCGGUUACAGUUUCUUUUACAACGGUACCAAAUGCUGUGACUAAUGUAACCCUUGUGAAUCGCAACACCACUUCAAUCACUCUGAGAUGGAGCCGCCGGUCAGAUUAUAAGGCUGAGUACAGAUAUAAGGUGGAGACAAUUGGAGAUCCAUCUUCAAAUAGCACUGUUAAUGUUGAGUCUACUACAGUGGUGGAUCUGAACCCUGGGACAAAAUACACAUUCAGAGUGUUGACACUGGCGGGAGAUGGUACAGCAUCAGAUCCGGUCACAGUUUCUUUUACAACAGUUCCAAAAGCCGUGACUAAUGUAACCCUUGUCAAUCGCAACACCACCUCGAUUACUCUGGGAUGGAACCGCCAGUCAGACUAUAAGGCUGAGUACAGAUAUAAGGUGGAGACAAUCGGAGAUCCAUCUUCAAACAGAACUGUUGUUGAUGAGUCUGUUACAGUGGGGGAUCUCAGCCCUGGGACAAACUACACAUUCAGUGUGUUCACACUGGCGGCAGAUGGUACAUCAUCAGAUCCAGUCACAGUGUCUUUUACUACAGCACCAAAUGCCGUGACUAAUGUAACCCUUGUGAGCCGGAACACCACUUCAAUCACUCUGAGAUGGAACCGCCAGCCAGACUAUAAGGCUGAGUACAGAUAUAAGGUGGAGACAAUUGGAGAUCCAUCUUCAAAUAGCACUGUUAAUGAUGAGUCUACUACGGUGGUGGAUUUGAACCCUGGAACAAAAUACACAUUCAACGUGUUCACAUUGGCAGGAGAUGGUACAGCCUCCGAUCCAGUCACAGUUUCUUUUACAACAGUACCAAAUGCCGUGACUAAUGUAACCCUUGUGAGUCGCAACACCACUUCAAUCACUCUGAGAUGGAACCGCCAGUCAGACCAUAAGGCUGAGUACAGAUAUAAGGUGGAGACAAUUGGAGAUCCAUCUUCAAAUAGCACUGUUAAUGAUGAGUCUAUUACAGUGGAGGAUCUGAACCCUGGGACAAAAUACACGUUCAGAGUGUUGACCCUGGCGGGAGAUGGUACAGCAUCAGAUCCGAUCACAGUUUCUUUUACAACAGCACCAAAUGCCGUGACUAAUGUAACCCUUGUGAGUCGCAACACCACUUCAAUCACUCUGAGAUGGGACCGCCAGUCAGACUAUAAGUCUGAGUACAGAUACAAGGUGGAGACAAUUGGAGAUCCAUCUUCAAAUAGCACUGUUUCUAAUGAGUCUAUUACAGUGGUGGGUCUGAACCCUGGGACCAAUUACAAAUUCAGUGUAUCCACACUGGCGGGAGAUGUUACAGCAUCAGAUCCAGUAACAGUUUCUUUUACAACAGCACCAAAUGCCGUGACUAAUGUAAUCCUUGUGAGUCGCAACACAACUUCAAUUACUCUGAGAUGGGACCGCCAGUCAGACCAAAAGGCUGAGUACAGAUAUAAGGUGGAGACAAUUGGAGAGCCAUCUUCAAAUAGCACUGUUUCUAAUGAGUCUAUUACAGUGGUGGAUCUGAACCCUGGGACCAAUUACACAUUCAGUGUAUCCACACUGGCGGGCGAUGGUACAGCAUCAGAUCCAGUAACAGUUUCUUUUACAACAGCACCAAAUGCCGUGACUAACGUAACCCUUGUGAGUCGCAACACAACUUCAAUCACUCUGAGAUGGGACCGCCAGUCAGACCAUAAGGCUGAGUACAGAUAUAAGGUGGAGACAAUUGGAGAUCCAUCUUCAAAUAGCACUGUUUCUAAUGAGUCUAUUACAGUGGUGAAUCUGAACCCUGGGACCAAUUACACAUUCAGUGUAUCCACACUGGCGGGAGAUGGUACAGCAUCAGUUCCAGUAACAGUUUCUUUUACAACAGAACCCAAUGAAGUACAGGAUGUGAUGGUGGUGGAAGCUGGCACCAACUUUGUAACCUUGAGUUGGAAUCGACCACCAGAUUUUAAGGAAGAGUAUGAGUACGUGGUGCUGACCAAGGGAAACCCAGCCCCUUUGGGUGAUAAUGGAAGCAUAACUGUGUCAAGUGAGAAUGCUACUGUAAAAGGACUGACGUCUGGAACAGAGUACAAUUUUACCGUAAUAACACUGGCAGCAGAUGGGACUCGGUCAGAUUCAGUGACAAUAUCUAACUACACAAGACCUGUCCAGAUACCGCCAGAGAAUAUUACAGUUGAGAAUAAUGGCACAACCAACACUUUGAUUGUCUCCUGGGUUUCUCCAUCCGGCAAUGUGGAGAAAUUCUUUGUCUUUGUUCAAGAUAUCAGAAGUUUAAAACAGCAAACCAACAGUACGGAUUCUACAAUGCCAAUAACAUUCAUCGAUCUUCAACCUGGGCGAGAGUACAACGUCACUGUGAUUACAAGCAGUGGACCUUUCAAUGUAUCUUCUGAAAAUAAGAUUGGUAGAACAGUUCCCAGUGUUCCUGGAAAUAUCGCUGUGACCAACUUCAACACGAAUUCUAUCUCGCUAAACUGGGGCGCGCCUGCAGACAUGGAAGUCGGACAUUAUACUUUCAACGUCACCUACAGUGGUGAUUCCAAUAUUGAGUCAAUAACAGCAAAUACAAACUCCACCACAAUUUCAAAUCUUACUUCUGGAACUAAUUAUGUCAUUUCUGUGGCGACCAUUGGACCUGGUGAUUUGCAGAGUGGAUUUGUGGAAACAACUCAAUUCACAAAGCCAAAUCCAGUGAGGAACGUACAGAUUGUCAGUGUUACCACAAGCUCCAUAACUUUGAAUUGGUCCCAACCACUAGAAUAUAGAAAUGAGUAUUCAUAUAAGGUUGAGACCAAGAGAAUUGAAGCAUCUUCCAGUGACAGUAGAAGUGAAAUUGUAAGAGAUGAAAAUACUACUGUGGAUAGUUUGAUCCCUGGAACUAAUUAUUCGUUCACCAUUAUCACCCUGGUAGCUGAUAACAUAUCAGCUGAUCCUGUGAUGGUAUCGAGCUACACAAGACCUGUCCGUAUACCAACCGAAAACAUCACAGUGAAUAAUAGCGGCACGACAAACACAUUGAUCAUCUCCUGGGCUGCUCCUCCUGGUAACGUGGAGAACUUCUUUGUAUUUGUUCGAGAUAUAAAAGAUUUGUCACUACAAGUCAGAAGCACGAAUACCACAUUGCCACUAACAUUCACCAAUCUUCGUCCUGGACGAGAGUACGAUGUCACUGUGAUAACUAACAGUGGCCCUUUCAAUGAAACCUCUGACUUUGUGCGAGGUGCAACAGUUCCCAGUGUUCCAGGGACUUUAAAUGUGACCAACUUUGGUACGACUUUCAUCUCAUUAAACUGGGGAUUACCUGAAGACAUGGAUAAUGGAAGCUUUACCUUCAAUGUCACCUACACCAACGGUUCUGUCACUGAUUCUAUCAAGGAAAACACAACGUCCACUAACAUUACAAACCUUACUUCGGGAACUAAUUAUACCAUCUCUGUGGCCACAGUUGGACCUGGAGAAUUCAAAAGUGACUUUGUGUCAACAUCUCAUUUCACCAAACCAAAUCCUGUAAAUGACCCACAAAUAGUACAGAUUGACACAACCAGCAUAACCCUGAGUUGGACAAGACCUGAGCAGUAUAAAGUUGAGUAUCGGUACAGGAUACUGACAGAAGGAAACCCACCACCCAUGCUUGGUAAUGGGAGUAAAACUGUAAGAAGUGAAAAUGGUACCGUGAUGGGACUGACACCUGGAACCAACUACACAUUUUCCAUUAUCACUCUGGCAAAGGAUGGCACUGAAGCAGACCCAGUUGUUCUAGCCAAUUAUACAGAACCUUUGAAAAUACCAGUGGAAAAUAUCACUCUGAGCCAUGAGGACACGACUGAUUCACUGACCAUUUCCUGGAUCCGUCCUCCCGGAGGUGUUGACAGCUUCAUUGUUGACAUUGAAGAUUGUGCAAAUCCAGCAGAAUUCAGGAAUACCACCACAGUGUCAUCAUCAACAAAUAGUAUAGUGUUCAACAACCUACGCCCUGGAAGAUUGUAUUGUGUAAACUUGGCAACAAUAGCUGGGCCCCAUCGCAUUACUUCAGAUUCUGUAAAAGAAGCCACAAUUCCCACACCACCUGGACCCAUAAACGUGAUUAGCUUUACUACUUCCACCAUUGACUUUGAGUGGGGACGGCCUGAGAAUAUGGAUAUCGGAACCUACAACUUUACUGUUACAUACCACAUAACGCAAACAGCUAAUAGUAUCACCAAAUCUGAGGAAGUUAACAAAUCCAGUAUUGACAACUUAGAAUCUGGAACCAGCUACACCAUAACUAUUGUAACUACUAUCCCUCAAAAUUUGAACAGUAGCUCUGUAACAAGAUCUCAAACUACAAAACCAAACCCCGUCAGAAAUCCUCAAGUUGUAAGUAGUAACACCGUAUCAAUAAAUCUGACCUGGGAAGAGCCACUUGAGUACAAGAGUGAGUACAAGUACAAAGUGAAAACAGAUGGAAGUCCAUCUUCCGAAAUGGUGGUCGAUAACAAUUUUAGUGUUAUCGCUAACUUGACGCCAGGAACUAAGUUCACAUUCACCAUCUUCACCCUGGCAGCAGAUGGCACUAAAUCAGACUCUGUCAUUUUAUACAACUGCACAGAGGCGGCUACAGUUGAUCCUUCUUCACUGAAGUGUACAGGAAUGGAUCUCCAGCCUGUCCUUAAAUUGGAGUGGGACUGUCCAACUGGAAUGAACACCGGCUUUAUUAUUAAAGCAGCAAACUCCAGCACUCUCCUAACUCAUAAUGCUUUGAGCUGUGAAUUAGGAAUACAAAAAUUUAUGCUGAACGAUAUUGCAUUCUUCACACACUAUUCAUUGAAUAUCACUACCGUGUCAUGUGGUCCAUCGAGCACACCGACCAGUAUCGACUGCACAUCCGGCAUUACAGACCCACCUGUGCCUGCUGGUAAAUUACAAGUGCCAAAUCCAGAAGUAACACACAAAUCCAUUACAUUCGAGAUCAGAGAAAAUGCAUUUAGCUCCAACAAUGGUCCACUUGAAGCAAUUGCUGUGAUUGUUACAAAAGAAGAUAACAGUAGAAGUCCUGAUGCAGCAGCUCUUGAAACAGUGUAUAGUUCUGUCAGUCCGACUUACGUAACUCAAGUUAUCAGUAUUACCAAUGGAGCUCAGAUAACUAGGGGACCUGCUUUGUCUGCUCCCAUCACUGUCGAUGUAGGCAACAAUGCUAAAAGUCAUGGAUAUGUUAAUCAAGAGUUGACUCCUUUAACCGCAUACCGAGUCAGCUUGGCUGGAUUUACAAAAAUAAUAUUUAAUCCAGACGAUAAAAUCAAUUCAAAUGCGUCCUUCUACUCGGUGUAUGAAUACUCAGAGAAGAUUUUCUUGAAACAAAAUCCAGAUGUUAUUAUUGGAGCUGUGGUCGGAACCAUCCUAGGUGCAGCAGUCAUAAUCCUCUUGGUUGUGCUGCUUUUCUUGUGGAAGAGAAGAUCCAAGUCCAACAAUGGGAAUUUAAUUCCAAUCCCGAAUAUCAGGGAAGCAAGGCGUGCCAUUAAUGUGGACUACUUUGAAGGAUAUUUCAGUAAGCAGCAUGCUGACUCUGACUGUGGAUUUGCUGAGGAAUAUGAGGAACUGAAGACAAUUGGAACCUUUCAGUCAACGCAAGUCGCCCAACAACCCCUGAACAAGCCAAAGAAUCGUUAUAAUAAUGUCUUCCCCUAUGAUGCAAGUCGAGUUAAACUCUCUGUCACUGCAGACCCAUCAAGUGAUUAUAUCAAUGCUAAUUUCAUGCCGGGCUAUAACUCAAAGAAAGAGUUCAUUGCUGCACAGGGACCACUAAUGAAUACAGUCAGCGAUUUCUGGCGAAUGAUUUGGGAACAUUAUGUGCCAGCUAUCGUCAUGCUUACCAAAUGUGUGGAGCACGGAAGGGCAAAAUGUGAGCAGUACUGGCCGACUGAACGCCCUCUCAUCUUUGAAGACAAAAUUGUUACUUUGACAUCAGAAAUAGUUCUCCAGGACUGGACUAUCAGGGACUUCACAAUAGUAAAGGAUAAAUCUGGAGAGAAACGUGCUGUCCGGCAUUUUCACUUUACAGGUUGGCCUGACCAUGGGGUUCCAUCCAACACCGGAGUGCUUAUUGAGUUCCGGAACCUUGUGCGACAGUACAUCAAUCAGUACCCAAUGAGUGGACCCACUGUAGUCCACUGCAGUGCUGGAGUUGGUCGGACAGGGACGUUUAUUUCCAUCGAUCGUGUGAUUUAUCAGAUCGACAAUGAAAGAAAGGUUGAUAUCUGGGGGAUAGUUUACGAUUUGCGAAUGAACCGGCCACUAAUGGUACAGACUGAGUCGCAGUACGUCUUCCUGAACCAAUGUGCCAUGGAAUACAUCAAAGCAAGCAAACAGAAACCUGAUGAUAUAAUCUAUCAAAACACUCCAGCCCUCAUCUACGAGAAUGCCUCUGCCAUUCGAGCAGCUCACGGGGCCAAUGGCCACGCACUUUAAUGGGAACAGCCUUGGAGCUGCCUUUUUUAAUUCAACUGCACCUUUCACUAAUUUUAUUUUGUAAAUGACAAAUGUUUAUUUUUUAAGAGGAACAUGUGUUCAUUCAGUAAGACAUGUUUAGAAUGUGUGCCUUUUUAAUGCUGAUUUGCGAAUUUUUUUUCAAAAUAUAAAGCUGUAGAAUAAUAGCUGGGAAAUACCCAGGAAACUGUAGGCAAUCUUUGCCAAACCUUCCACAACUUGAAGGAACACUUUGAGAAUCUUCCACGUAAUUCAUUGCAUUUUUUACAGCACUUUUCAUAGGUGUUGUACAGAUAUGGGUACUCUCUGUAAUUUCACUUUUUAUGUGCAAGUUAAGCACUUCUAGAUAACACUAGUUAGUGUCUUAAAUAGAGACUUUCUUUCACAGGAGUGUCUCAAAAAUAUUGAAUCUUCCCAUCUUUCUGGAAAUUCCAUCAACUUAAUAAUUUAUCCAAGCCACUGAAGCACGAUGUCUGCAGGCUUCAUUCUUGUAAAACACGCAGAAAUGCAAAACUUUAGAAAUAUCACUAGAAUCUGGCACAAACUGUGAAAGUUGUUUCCUUACGUGGAUCUCCCAUAAGUGCAGUCAUGAAACCUGAUAACUUUGAAGCCACUUUUCACAAUGAUAGCUUUGUUCAAAUCAACCCAAUCAAAAAGGAGCUCUUUCUGGAAAAUAUCAGAGCAUCAAGUUUCUGAACUUAUUGGUUAUCAGUGUUCACUAGAUCACGCAGCAUGCCCUACGGGAUAGAAUUAUUUGAUUCUUCCAUUUUCCAUUUCUGUGGUGAAUAAAUGUUCACCAUGCAUUAUAGCACCAGAAUCAAUAUGCAGUCAGCCUGCAAGUUAUUCACCGACUUCACAAAGCUGUUUCUCAUACAUUUUGAAUAACCUAUGUCUUACUAGGCUUUACUCAAAUGUACUGAGCCUUACACUGUAACUAAUGGACAUAAGAAUAACAGGAAGCAGUUUAGACAGCAGGGAGUCCAUACUGCACAUAUGCACCUCCUGAAUGACCCGCUGAAUGUAAAGUCACUCCUGGAUUUGGAUAUCCAUAAAACAUUGUAUAAAACAAAAUGUUUAUUUUGUCUUGCAAACUUAAUAUUUUAAUUGCUUUCAACACUGAAACAUAUUUGAAUUGAGCCUUUGAAGAGCCUGUUUCAGAGCAGUCAGUCUUGGUGAAUGCCGAGAGGUGGUUAAAUCUGGGUUUAUUUUCAAGCGGGUCAUGAGAGAUCUUUAAAGCAGGAUGAUCAGGUGAAGUGUCACUGUACUAAGCAGUAGUGGGAACCUGUCAGUGUGAGCCAAAAUCUUUAAAUAUAUUAGUUAAUAAGUUUAAGGAGUAUAAUAUGUACAUUUUGAAUCUUGAACUUGCAGUGAAGAAGUGAUUAAACGUUUCAGUGUCAAUGUAUUUUAUAGCUUGAUGCUCAGUCGUAGUAACCUAGUUUCAGAGCUGAUGCAUCGACCUGUUCUAAGUUUGGGCAAUUAUGCAUUUGUAAGAUUUUAGUCCUGUAGUGAAUAAGUGAAAGUCAGCAAACCACAUCCAGUUAUGAUCACUUUGUAACUCAUGCAUUAUCCAAAACAAUCAUUACAGCCGGAGCAUUUUCGUUAUUCUGUUUAUCAUGAAGAACUUUGAUUGAAACACAUGCUUUAUUCAGGGAUUAGAAAGCUACCACGUCACUGGGAAUUGUUGCUUGGGAAAAGGGCUGACCCUCAAUCAUUGUCACUAUUUCUUUCCGAGCUGCUACCUGGCAAAUAGAUUGCCAAUUACGAAAUAAUCACUCGUGGGUAUUGGCACUGACAUGAGAUUGUCUGGAAAUAGUGAACUAUUUGACUUCAUUUGGGAAUGGGGAAUAAUUGACAAAGCUAAAACUUGGCUUGAAAUUUUAAAUAAAAGUGGAUUGAGCAAUGAAAUUGUGUUAAAUUGGAACUGUUUUAAAAAGCUGAAACUAUCAAUUUUAAUUUGGAAUUUGGAGACAUUGGCGAUGAGCUACUUGUAUGUUAAGUUAUGGAGUUUGGGGGAAAGUAAUUAUGUUUAUAUUUUAAGAGAUGGUGGUGUUGGACUGGAGUGUACAAAGUUAAAACUCACAUAACACCAGGUUAUAGUCCAGCAGGUUUAAUUGGGAGUACUGGCUUUCGGAGCACUGCGCCUUCUUCAGAUGAAGGAGCAGUGCUCUGAAAGCUAGUGCUUCCAAUUAAACCUGUUGGACUAUAACCUGGUGUUGUGUGAUUUUUAACUGUUUAUAUUAGCAGUUAGUGCUGGCCUUGAUGCAUUUUCCAUUCAAACUGUUGAAAACAUACACAUAUUUCAUGAAUUUUUCAAAGAUAUUCUGAAGAAGAAGGGAUGAGUUAUACAUGUUCUUAGAGUUGUUUACCUUACAGUCUUCUUCACUUGCUGGGGUAUGAUGCAAGGGGCAGGAGUAGUGAGGGAAAGCAGACGAGAUCUGAUUGUGUACUGGAGUAAUUCGCCUCUCGGAUUAAUCUUCUCUGACUGGCUCUCACUCAGUGUGUAAAUUUAAUCCAAAGUCACAUGAAAGGUGCUGAAAGUAUAAAGUAGUUGCAAGCAAUUCUUAGACUGCAGUUGCCCACAUCCAAUGUGACAUUGUAUUAAUACACUUUCCUGUGGCAUGCCUUGAUGUUGAGCACUGCAAUUACUGGACUUUUUUAUGCUACGCACUUUAGAUUGUGUUUGUGUCCAAUUGAUUCUAGUCAGCUACUUACUUAUGAUUUGUGGGACAGGUAUCUAUGAGUUUUUUUGCAGAGGAGAUCUUUGUCUGAAUCACUUGUAUAUCAUUGUCAUUGUUUUCUUCACCACACUCUCCCUGCUUCCUCCCUCUCCCCCAAAUAAAAAGCUGUACUAUCAUUUUGGAAAGCAAAAGCAAAUGCAAGGGAACUACUGUGUAAGAUUCACUGUAUGUGUCUUCUGAAUCAAUGAAUAGAACUUGUAAUAUUUUAUAAUUUAUUUUUUAAGUGCAUAAAUGUUGCUGUGGGUCCCGAUGUCAGCUUACAGCAUCUGACACUGCAUUGUGGUACUGGCAACAUGAGCAUUAUUGUGCACGGUGCCAAAAUUGGCCAUUAGAAUGUUGACCAGAGGGUAACAGGUAAAGGAUUAUUGAUGUAUGCCCUACACUGUGUAAGCAAUUUGUUUCUUUCUCAGGUUUGUCUUGCUCCCUGAAGGUGCUAACUCGAGAGGAUCUACAAGCACUAGCAGCUUUUAGGGUGCUUCACCUAAAUAUCAAUUCUUGAAGUGUGAGGUCUAGACCAAUUGUAUCAUUGCAGGACAUAGCACUCAGGCUAAAUUCUGCUGUCAUCUCACCUGCACAUAUGCAUUUUUCAUCACAAGUCACUGGAGUAGGAAACUUGGGAUAGAUUUUAUUACAAUCCGCUCCCCUGACCCUCCACUCCUCUCAAUUCUGGAACCUUGCUGUGACAAACUCUUAACUGCUUUCUGGCUGAGAUCAGGUAUUUCAUCAUAGACUGAGCCCUUCCAAUUACAUUUGGCUAUGUGCUGCACUGAGUGAUACACAUAGAACUCUCUUUCGAUAUUUUUCACAUAGCUUUACAACCCUGGAGCCUGGAGAGUCCAUUUAAGAAUUCAUUGCAUACACACAAGUGAGGACUUUAAUGUUACUCCUCAUUGUCAUUUUUCUGCAAUAUUUCUUCACUUUGAGCCUUUGGAUGGGUAGACUGUGAAGCCAUGGAUUCCUCCACCUCAAGGAUAGAGAAAUGAAAGUUCUGCAGCAAUAGUUGUUCACUGCAAUGAAGGAGAUUUCUUGGUGGCAGUAGAAAUGGGAUGGAAGUGAAAUUGCAAUGAUCCAAGCUUAAAAUCUUUGCUGCAGGAAAAACAAAUGGUGUCUUAGAGUUCCCUAUCAGUGUUUCAGUUUCCCCAAUGAAAGCACAAAACCAGCCCAAAUCUGACUUUGUGUGUGAGUUGUAGAUCUGUCCACAGUCGUUUGGCAUUCAAGUAAUUCCUGUAAAGAGGGGUAAAAGUUAUAGAGGCUUUAGUUAAAGAGCACAUUGUCUAAAUUUCAUAAUCAGAAGCUCUGUGGAGACAUUGUGGAAGUGAAUGAUAUGGUGAGGGAAUAAGAAGCCAUUUGCACAGCACUUUCUGUCAAUUAUUGCAAUAGAUCAUUUAAGUUAAAUUCAAAACUGUGUGUAUAUUCAUGUAUAUUAGACAAUAAGUAGCAAAUGCACUGGAUGCAUCUUUGAGAGAAAUCCAUUUAUCCCAUUUGUUCACUUCUAUUAAGAGAAAGGGAUUAAUAUUAUCAGAUGUGCAAUUAUAUUUUUCUGUUGUUUUAUUGGAUUCUUUAUCCUUGGUAAUGGUAGGAAGCUCUGCAUUAACGUGAUUAUCUAAUAGAGCUCCUAAACCACCACUGAAACUCCAUUUUGAACUUUGUGUUACAAAUUAAUGAUGUAAAAAUUGUAUUUUCUGAUUGAUGUAAAAGGAUAAAUGUUGUAAUUAAAGAUGAUAUUUUUAACA